ACGUGUUCCAAGACGUUGCAUAAAUAGCGAGCGGCGGGUUGUGGGCAGCGCAUAAGCAAACGCAAGCUUCUGGGAGUCUGUUUUUCUCGGAGUUUGGCAGCGCGAUCACAAUGCAGAUCUUUGUGAAGACCCUGACGGGCAAGACCAUCACCUUGGAGGUGGAGCCCAGUGACACUAUCGAGAAUGUCAAGGCCAAGAUCCAGGACAAGGAGGGCAUCCCCCCUGACCAGCAGAGGCUCAUCUUUGCAGGCAAGCAGCUGGAAGAUGGCAGAACCCUGUCUGACUACAACAUCCAGAAGGAGUCCACCCUGCACCUGGUCCUGCGCCUGAGGGGUGGCAUGCAGAUCUUUGUGAAGACCCUGACGGGCAAGACCAUCACCUUGGAGGUGGAGCCCAGUGACACUAUCGAGAAUGUCAAGGCCAAGAUCCAGGACAAAGGGCAUCCCCCUGACCAGCAGAGGCUCAUCUUUGCAGGCAAGCAGCUGGAAGAUGGCAGAACCCUGUCUGACUACAACAUCCAGAAGGAGUCCACCCUGCACCUGGUCCUGCGCCUGAGGGGUGGCAUGCAGAUCUUUGUGAAGACCCUGACGGGCAAGACCAUCACCUUGGAGGUGGAGCCCAGUGACACUAUCGAGAAUGUCAAGGCCAAGAUCCAGGACAAGGAGGGCAUCCCCCCUGACCAGCAGAGGCUCAUCUUUGCAGGCAAGCAGCUGGAAGAUGGCAGAACCCUGUCUGACUACAACAUCCAGAAGGAGUCCACCCUGCACCUGGUCCUGCGCCUGAGGGGUGGCAUGCAGAUCUUUGUGAAGACCCUGACGGGCAAGACCAUCACCUUGGAGGUGGAGCCCAGUGACACUAUCGAGAAUGUCAAGGCCAAGAUCCAGGACAAAGAGGGCAUCCCCCCUGACCAGCAGAGGCUCAUCUUUGCAGGCAAGCAGCUGGAAGAUGGCAGAACCCUGUCUGACUACAACAUCCAGAAGGAGUCCACCCUGCACCUGGUCCUGCGCCUGAGGGGUGGCAUGCAGAUCUUUGUGAAGACCCUGACGGGCAAGACCAUCACCUUGGAGGUGGAGCCCAGUGACACUAUCGAGAAUGUCAAGGCCAAGAUCCAGGACAAGGAGGAUCCCCCUGACCAGCAGAGGCUCAUCUUUGCAGGCAAGCAGCUGGAAGAUGGCAGAACCCUGUCUGACUACAACAUCCAGAAGGAGUCCACCCUGCACCUGGUCCUGCGCCUGAGGGGUGGCAUGCAGAUCUUUGUGAAGACCCUGAGCAAGACCAUCACCUUGGAGGUGGAGCCCAGUGACACUAUCGAGAAUGUCAAGGCCAAGAUCCAGGACAAGGAGGGCAUCCCCCCUGACCAGCAGAGGCUCAUCUUUGCAGGCAAGCAGCUGGAAGAUGGCAGAACCCUGUCUGACUACAACAUCCAGAAGGAGUCCACCCUGCACCUGGUCCUGCGCCUGAGGGGUGGCAUGCAGAUCUUUGUGAAGACCCUGACGGGCAAGACCAUCACCUUGGAGGUGGAGCCCAGUGACACUAUCGAGAAUGUCAAGGCCAAGAUCCAGGACAAGGAGGGCAUCCCCCCUGACCAGCAGAGGCUCAUCUUUGCAGGCAAGCAGCUGGAAGAUGGCAGAACCCUGUCUGACUACAACAUCCAGAAGGAGUCCACCCUGCACCUGGUCCUGCGCCUGAGGGGUGGCAUGCAGAUCUUUGUGAAGACCCUGACGGGCAAGACCAUCACCUUGGAGGUGGAGCCCAGUGACACUAUCGAGAAUGUCAAGGCCAAGAUCCAGGACAAGGAGGGCAUCCCCCCUGACCAGCAGAGGCUCAUCUUUGCAGGCAAGCAGCUGGAAGAUGGCAGAACCCUGUCUGACUACAACAUCCAGAAGGAGUCCACCCUGCACCUGGGUCCUGCGCCUGAGGGGUGGCAUGCAGAUCUUUGUGAAGACCUGACGGGCAAGACCAUCACCUUGGAGGUGGAGCCCAGUGACACUAUCGAGAAUGUCAAGGCCAAGAUCCAGGACAAGGAGGGCAUCCCCCCUGACCAGCAGAGGCUCAUCUUUGCAGGCAAGCAGCUGGAAGAUGGCAGAACCCUGUCUGACUACAACAUCCAGAAGGAGUCCACCCUGCACCUGGUCCUGCGCCUGAGGGGUGGCAUGCAGAUCUUUGUGAAGACCCUGACGGGCAAGACCAUCACCUUGGAGGUGGAGCCCAGUGACACUAUCGAGAAUGUCAAGGCCAAGAUCCAGGACAAGGAGGGCAUCCCCCCUGACCAGCAGAGGCUCAUCUUUGCAGGCAAGCAGCUGGAUGGCAGAACCCUGUCUGACUACAACAUCCAGAAGGAGUCCACCCUGCACCUGGUCCUGCGCCUGAGGGGUGGCAUGCAGAUCUUUGUGAAGACCCUGACGGGCAAGACCAUCACCUUGGAGGUGGAGCCCAGUGACACUAUCGAGAAUGUCAAGGCCAAGAUCCAGGACAAGGAGGGCAUCCCCCCUGACCAGCAGAGGCUCAUCUUUGCAGGCAAGCAGCUGGAAGAUGGCAGAACCCUGUCUGACUACAACAUCCAGAAGGAGUCCACCCUGCACCUGGUCCUGCGCCUGAGGGGUGGCAUGCAGAUCUUUGUGAAGACCCUGACGGGCAAGACCAUCACCUUGGAGGUGGAGCCCAGUGACACUAUCGAGAAUGUCAAGGCCAAGAUCCAGGACAAGGAGGGCAUCCCCCCUGACCAGCAGAGGCUCAUCUUUGCAGGCAAGCAGCUGGAAGAUGGCAGAACCCUGUCUGACUACAACAUCCAGAAGGAGUCCACCCUGCACCUGGUCCUGCGCCUGAGGGGUGGCAUGCAGAUCUUUGUGAAGACCCUGACGGGCAAGACCAUCACCUUGGAGGUGGAGCCCAGUGACACUAUCGAGAAUGUCAAGGCCAAGAUCCAGGACAAAGAGGAUCCCCCUGACCAGCAGAGGCUCAUCUUUGCAGGCAAGCAGCUGGAAGAUGGCAGAACCCUGUCUGACUACAACAUCCAGAAGGAGUCCACCCUGCACCUGGUCCUGCGCCAGGGUGGCAUGCAGAUCUUUGUGAAGACCCUGACGGGCAAGACCAUCACCUUGGAGGUGGAGCCCAGUGACACUAUCGAGAAUGUCAAGGCCAAGAUCCAGGACAAGGAGGAUCCCCCUGACCAGCAGAGGCUCAUCUUUGCAGGCAAGCAGCUGGAAGAUGGCAGAACCCUGUCUGACUACAACAUCCAGAAGGAGUCCACCCUGCACCUGGUCCUGCGCCUGAGGGGUGGCAUGCAGAUCUUUGUGAAGACCCUGACAGGCAAGACCAUCACCUUGGAGGUGGAGCCCAGUGACACUAUCGAGAAUGUCAAGGCCAAGAUCCAGGACAAGGAGGGCAUCCCCCCUGACCAGCAGAGGCUCAUCUUUGCAGGCAAGCAGCUGGAAGAUGGCAGAACCCUGUCUGACUACAACAUCCAGAAGGAGUCCACCCUGCACCUGGUCCUACGCCUGAGGGGUGGCAUGCAGAUCUUUGUGAAGACCCUGACGGGCAAGACCAUCACCUUGGAGGUGGAGCCCAGUGACACUAUCGAGAAUGUCAAGGCCAAGAUCCAGGACAAGGAGGGCAUCCCCCCUGACCAGCAGAGGCUCAUCUUUGCAGGCAAGCAGCUGGAAGAUGGCAGAACCCUGUCUGACUACAACAUCCAGAAGGAGUCCACCCUGCACCUGGUCCUGCGCCUGAGGGGUGGCAUGCAGAUCUUUGUGAAGACCCUGACAGGCAAGACCAUCACCUUGGAGGUGGAGCGUGACACUAUCGAGAAUGUCAAGGCCAAGAUCCAGGACAAGGAGGAUCCCCCUGACCAGCAGAGGCUCAUCUUUGCAGGCAAGCAGCUGGAAGAUGGCAGAACCCUGUCUGACUACAACAUCCAGAAGGAGUCCACCCUGCACCUGGUCCUGCGCCUGAGGGGUGGCAUGCAGAUCUUUGUGAAGACCCUGACGGGCAAGACCAUCACCUUGGAGGUGGAGCCCAGUGACACUAUCGAGAAUGUCAAGGCCAAGAUCCAGGACAAGGAGGGCAUCCCCCCUGACCAGCAGAGGCUCAUCUUUGCAGGCAAGCAGCUGGAAGAUGGCAGAACUCUGUCUGACUACAACAUCCAGAAGGAGUCCACCCUGCACCUGGUCCUGCGCCUGAGGGGUGGCUGUUAAUUGUUGAUUUUAUGAAAGCACAAAUUGCCAAUGCUAGCACUGUUUUGAACCUGUUAGCUCUUUAAAGUCUUAAUGUUGAGUUUUGAGAUUACCAGGUUCAGUAACAGCUGAGCCAAGUGCUAAUAAAGGUUUUUGUUGCACAUUGAAUUUGA